CAAGAGUGCCACGGCCGGCCAUUGAAAAGCAUGAGCUGCCUCAGUCACAGGAGAUCAAUCAAGGCAGCGUAUUUCCCCGAAGCUGUAGAUUUCCGCUGGGGAGGGGAGCCAAGGGCAGUAAAAUAAGCAGCUUGUGGUUAGUCUUAUUGUAGAGCCGAGAAUCCCAGCGGGUCUCGUACUUCACAUGGAGCUGUCAGUCUAAAGCUAACAAAAUGCUGUCUAACGCCUUCAGUCUUCCCUCCCCCUCCCUACAUCACUGCGCACAGGCAGGGAUGCUGCUACCAUGGUAACAGCUGAGUCAUUCCGUGCCCUUUGAAGCGAUGCUGUCGGGCUCCUCCGGCUCUCUUUACUGCUCGCGAAACAGUGUGAAGAAGCGCGUAUGCGCUCUGAUCACUACAGGUGUCAUCCGGGAACAACGCUGGGCUAGCAGAUCGCGCUAGCCAGAUGGGUAACGUUUCUACUGCGGUCAAGCACUGCCUGAGCUAUGAGACUUUCUUGCGGGAUUAUCCUCGGUUGCCACGGCUCCUGUGGGAAGAGAAGUGUUCUGAACUGCCUAAGCUUCCACUUCAUGUCAAAAUUGUGGAGGUCGGACCAAGAGAUGGGCUUCAAAAUGAGAAGGAAAUAGUGCCGACAGAAGUCAAAAUCCAGCUGAUUGACAUGCUCUCUCAGACCGGGCUGCCUGCGAUCGAAGCCACUAGCUUUGUGUCUUCAAAGUGGGUAGCUCAGAUGGCAGACCACAGUGCAGUGUUGAAAGGGAUUAAAAGGUCUCCUGAAGUAAGAUACCCUGUCCUGACUCCCAAUAUUCAGGGCUUCCAGGCAGCUGUUGCAGCAGGAGCUACUGAAGUGGCAGUGUUUGGUUCCGCCUCAGAGACUUUUAGCAGGAAGAACAUCAACUGCUCCAUAGAGGAGAGUUUGCAGAGGUUUGAGCAGGUCAUCUCUGCAGCCAAACAGGAAGGCAUACCAGUGCGAGGGUAUGUUUCCUGUGCUCUCGGCUGUCCGUAUGAAGGACAAGUAAAACCGUCACAAGUCACAAAGGUGGCAAAGCGGUUGUUUGAGCUGGGCUGUUAUGAGGUAUCCCUGGGGGACACCAUUGGCGUAGGCACUGCGGGUUCCAUGGCCAAGAUGCUGAGCGAUGUGUUGACAGAGGUGCCCGUCAGCGCACUGGCGGUGCACUGCCAUGACACUUACGGUCAAGCGCUGCCCAACAUUCUCAUUGCUCUGCAGAUGGGGGUUUCUGUGGUCGACUCCUCGGUCGCAGGCCUCGGAGGAUGCCCGUAUGCCAAGGGAGCGUCUGGCAAUGUUUCUACAGAGGAUGUUUUAUAUAUGCUACACGGUCUUGGAAUUGAAACCGGGGUGGACCUGUUGAAAGUGAUGGAAGCAGGAGAAUUCAUCUGCCGAGCCUUAAAUCGAACAACUAACUCGAAGGUCAGCCAAGCUGCCAAAAACCUCUAGCCUUUUCAUUCUAAUAAACAACAACAAACAUUUUAAAAAACAUUAACACAAUAUGAAAUGCAGAACAAAUAUUUAAGAUUCUGCUCUAUUUAUGUUAUUAAAGAUGAGAGAAUGUUCUCAGAACUGACAUUCUGUAUAGGUUCUCUCAGAGUUAUAAACAAACGUUCUUCCAGCAACGUUAAUAGAAUGUUCGUCCAAAGUUAUCUGGUCUUCAAUCAUGUUUGUACAAAUUGUUAUUUAUACAUGGCUCAUGGAUUUUUUUUUUUUUUUUUUUUUAAACAUUUUAGUUAGACUUUCAUCUAUAACAUUAAUGUUAUUACUACUUCAUUUAGAUCCUUCAGUGAACAUUCAAAAGUAACUUUCCCAUAAAGUUUUUUAUUAUUAUUUUUUAUUAUAAAAUGGAAUGUUCCCUUAAUGUUCACAAAACCAAGAAAAAAAAAAUGUUUUUUAAACAUUUACAAAAACUGGACAUUUUGAACAUUCAGGAUAUAUUCAGAAAAUAACAUUUCAUAACUUAAUGGAAACAUUAGCAAAACAUUUAUACAAAUAUAUUCAUACAAAUACAUUUUUGUUAGCAGGGAUACUGCCAUUUAUGUGAAUUUUUCAGUUCCAUAUUUCACUCAAACUAAAUUGUAAUAAAAAUUAAUACAUUUCACAAGUGGUUUCAGACUUAAUACCAUCUAUACCAUCUAUAACAUCUAGCCUAUGCCUUUUCUGUCAAAAAGAAAAUACUACAAGUAGAUAGCCAAGAAAAUGUCCUCCAUUUAUUACCCCCUACAUGUGAGAGUAAUUAAUUUUUUCCUUCACUGAUUCAUAUCCUGCUCAAUACAAUUAUACUGCAGAGAGAGAGAGGUCACUGCAGGUCGAAAGCAGUAAGAGUGUGCAUCAUAAACUGUCAUGUUCACAGUAUUAGAAAAACAUCUACAGAAAUAUGAUAAAAGACACUAGUAUUCAAUCUGUAGGUUUAACCAAAAUAAUAAAUUCUUCCAUCAAGUAGCUUGAUUGCAUAUGCUGCUUUAAAUCGCAUUAAUGUAGUAUGUGCAGCCAUAGGUGUGUGUAUAUCUGCACUUCGAAUACUGCGAGCUGGAACUAUAAAAGCCAUUUUAUAAAUGUAAGGCAAAUCAUUUGAGCAUUAACAAUGUCUGAUUCAAUAUCUAUGACAAUGUCCUUUUUUUUUGCUGUCUUUGUACUAACAUCACAUAUCUUUACCAAUAUCUUUUUUAACCUGCCUUAUUAUAGUUGUCUAAAUUGGACAUGUUUGGAAGCUAUUUGCAAAGGUUGCAUGUGUAUUAUGUUAGAUAAUUUGAUGAAUAAAACAACCUACUUUUGACUGACAGCUUCCAUCUCUGUAUUUCUUUAGAUCUAGUUUAAAUACAGGUGGGAUGUAAACAUGUUUGACUUGAUGUGUCGUGGUCUAUAAUUUACCCUUCUCUCCAUGCCAUGUUUAUCGAGUGCUCUAAUUGUUUUGGGCGAGUGUUAAACCAGCACUCUGUUUGCAUGUAUAUUGCCUAUAUUUGAGAAGGUAAUAGAUAUUCAGCCCUUUUCAAUCUCAAGUGUAUAUGAGUGAAAGCAAACAGAUGGACGCAGCUGUUUAUUACAGCACACUGUACCAACUCAAUCCCAGGUGAUUUAACAAGUGAAAGCAGGGCCAACCCUAUUAUAGAAAAUGCACUAUUAGAUUGACAUAGCAAAAUGAUGUGUACAUUUCAUUUAUUUUCUUCUGCGUUCUGCGUUCUUGCUGUUCUCGCUGUCUUUUUUGUUUCACACCUGUCCUCUUCUUAAUUUUCUGCCCAAGUGUGGCUGAUUUUUUUCAAGCGUUUACAAUACUUUGGUGCAAUUUAGUUUUAGGCACACGGAGUUACAACGAUAUAAUGUAGAAAGGUACGAGUUUACUUGCUGCCUGCAUACUGCUUUUCAAAAGAUAUGCAUCACAAUGUAUUUUUGUUCUCAUGAAUACCAUUGUUAUUUUUGGCUAUACCUUAUGUUAUAUGUUAUAUUGCAUAAGGUGCAACCAUGAAUAGAUACUCUAAGAUUAACCAUUAAGAUUAAUACUCUAUUAUGAAAAAUAUGAUUCAUUACAGUAUAUUAUAAGAAAAUUUGGUAACACUUUAGUAUAGGGAACACAUAUAAA